UUCGUCACUGCGCUGCACAGUCUCUUGCGCAACCAACCACCAUCUGCACCUCAUCCUCCAUUCAGACCAUACCAUCAAACCACCUCAGCCCAUUUCCUUCACAAAGGCCUCGACCGUCAAAUUGGUGUUGAAAAUAUCCGCACAAUCUCUCGCCCUCCAUCAAUCCCUGCUUCAUCACCGGCAGCGUAUCGAUUGGUCGCAUCCCCAAUUCACCGACGUCCCAUCCUCUACCUUCCGAACCCCGACUUAGCAUAGUACGAAAAAGCAAACAUCAGACUCGUCAGCAGUUGAAUCCCGACUGCUCAAGUCACCCUCCAGAGCCGAUCUCGCGUACUUUAAAACUUCCGAGGUAUACCACUACAAUCAAUGGCCGACACAUCAUCUGCACCCAAACCCAGCAGCAGCGUAAAGCUUGUGUUGCUCGGGGAAGCAGCCGUUGGAAAGUCAUCCCUAGUCUUACGGUUCGUCAACAAUGACUUUCAAGAGAACAAGGAGCCAACAAUCGGAGCCGCUUUCCUGACCCAAAAGAUCUCCCUGCCCAACCGGAUCAUCAAGUUCGAGAUAUGGGAUACCGCUGGCCAAGAACGCUUCGCCUCUCUGGCACCCAUGUACUAUCGCAACGCUCAAGCCGCCCUCGUCGUCUACGAUCUUACCAAGCCCACCUCAUUGACAAAGGCCAAACACUGGGUUGCGGAACUACAGAGACAAGCUUCACCUGGUAUUGUGAUUGCACUGGUUGGUAACAAGCUCGAUUUGUGCGCCGAAUCGUCAGGCGACACCGAGGCUGCGCCGGCGGCGAAUGAAGACGGUGGAGAGAACAUAGAAGCCGAGCCCACGGACGACGGAGACGCACGAAAAAUCUCGACAAGGGAAGCGAAAUCUUACGCUGAGGAGGAGAGUCUGCUCUUCUUCGAGACAUCGGCUAAGACGGGCACAAAUGUCGCCGAGGUAUUUUCCGCAAUCGCCAAUGCUAUUCCAGAGACGUCGUUGAAGGGCACCCGAGGAGCCAGUGGUGGCGGUACUCAGGCCGCUUUGUCGGGUGCGGCAAACCGUGCAGACGAAGCCAGGGUCAAUCUCGCGGAUCGCGCCAAACAGAAGAGCAAUGAUUGUGCUUGUUAGUCCAGCUGGGAGGGGUAUGAGGUGGUCGAUGAGCAAUUGCGAAAGUUUUCAUGGUUUCACUCGACCGGAGAACUGAUUGGUUAAGCUCUUCUCGAAUUUCCGAGCACGAAGUAGAUGAGAAGUACCUGCUGAGAGAGCAGGGGGAAGACAGUGAAGCGUGCGAAGGCCUUGUUGACCGUGUGGGAGUCAGUAAUUGAAACGGAGUCCGGGUCUAGCGAAUAUUGAAUUGCGUUUGAUGUUUCAGUUGAAUAUCUCGCGUGCUUCAGACGUGUUCUUUUGAUUGCGUUGGUAGCAGAUCGCAGACAUAAGAUGAUCAAGAUCAAGAUUCAGAAUGGUCCUUGUUUUCUCCGGCCCUAUAACGCCAGAAC